CAUUAUACGGAGAGCAAUCCCGUUACGCAGCAAUUGGGCGCUGAAACAACAGUCAAUCCGCCCAAGAUGCUCCCGCAACGACUUGUGCGAGCUUCGGCUCUGCGCAACACCAUGGCCGCCAGUCGAAGGCUCCCUACGAUUCAGCGACGAGGCUUUUUGCCAUCUCAAUUUUCCGACAAGAAAGUGAUUGACGAAAAGUACCCCGAUUUCCCGCGACUCAGCGAAGCUCAGGAUCCUGGAAUGAACGGAGGCUACAUCAACCCGCCUAGAAUCAAGCGACAGUUUCGCGACCCAUAUGCCACUUGGUGGGAUCCCCAGGAGCGACGAAACUUUGGUGAGCCAGUUCACGAGGAUAACGACAUGAUGGGUAUCUUCUCUCCUUGGGAGUAUACGUGGACUACUACGGGACCUGGUCUGAUUAUGGUUGGAACAUUCAUUGCCGUUUUCCUCGGAGUUUCAGGAGUUGUCUAUCUCAACUAUCCCGACAGGGUUGCCUACCCCCGGGAGUUUGAGAAUGGCCUGGAGCGGGAAUUGGGUGGCCCUGGAGCCGUAAGAGCGCGGAUGGCUGGCGACGAGGACCCCUGAGGCAAAUUGUUAGUUUGUACAUAAUCAAGAAUAAAAAUCUUUUCCUAUCUGAUGCUUCUUUCUCGGGACAAACACUGGUACGGCAUACUUGUUUGGACGGUCAAUUCCUGCAUAUUGAGUACUCCAACUCCGUUCAGCAUAUGCAUUACUGCUCUUGGGCCUGCGCUACGGACUUGUCCAUGGAACCACGGGCUCGCUCGUGAAUAUCUAGGUAUUGCUCGUAUUAGCUCUGAUUGCACCGAACCAUGCACUCAAGGAGAUGGAAAGGGUUCUCUGCAUAAUGCCUUGUUUUACUCUG